UGUUCCACAGCAGUUUUGUUGUGAAGAGAGACUAGCUCGAUGCCGAAAGUAAUCUUUUAGUUUAAUGCCAGAAAGUUAAUUGUUAGGUAUAUGUAGCGAGGUAAGAUAUUAUUUAUCAGCUAAUAUACUGACCACCGCACCAUCAUUAUUAAGUGCUGAACGGGUUACGGAAAAUCAAACAUUGGGUUAGCUCGCCCGGCAACGUGUUUGUUGGUCGGAACCGACAAAGACGACUGCCCGUCACACAUUUUUCUCUAAAUCUGUAACCCACCAGAAGACACAUUGACGACCACCGUGCAAGACACGAAGACUGAGGAGAUGGCGACCUCAGUGGGAAACGUGGCUGACAGCACAGAACCGACAAAACGUAUGCUUUCCUUCCAAGGGUUGGCCGAGCUGGCGCAUCGGGAGUAUCAGUCAGGGGACUUUGAAGCAGCUGAGCGCCACUGCAUGCAACUAUGGAGACAGGAGCCUGAUAACACAGGCGUGCUGCUGCUCCUGUCUUCCAUCCACUUCCAAUGCCGAAGACUUGACAGGUCUGCUCAUUUCAGCACCUUGGCCAUCAAACAGAACCCACUGUUGGCAGAGGCCUACUCCAACCUGGGGAACGUGUACAAGGAGCGUGGGCAACUGCAGGAGGCCAUAGAGCAUUAUCGCCAUGCUUUGAGACUGAAACCAGAUUUUAUUGACGGAUACAUCAACUUGGCAGCAGCUUUGGUGGCCGCAGGGGACAUGGAGGGAGCAGUGCAGGCAUAUGUGUCUGCAUUACAGUAUAACCCUGACCUUUAUUGUGUGCGCAGUGACUUGGGCAACUUGCUUAAAGCCCUUGGGCGUUUGGAAGAGGCCAAGGCUUGUUACCUGAAAGCCAUUGAGACUCAGCCCAACUUUGCAGUGGCUUGGAGCAACCUGGGCUGUGUGUUUAAUGCCCAAGGAGAGAUAUGGCUGGCCAUACACCAUUUUGAAAAGGCUGUGACUCUGGACCCAAAUUUCCUUGAUGCAUACAUCAAUUUAGGAAAUGUUUUGAAGGAAGCCCGCAUCUUCGACAGAGCUGUGGCUGGAUACCUGAGAGCCCUGAGUCUCAGCCCGAACCAUGCCGUUGUCCAUGGAAAUCUGGCCUGUGUCUACUAUGAGCAAGGCCUCAUUGACCUGGCUAUUGACACCUACCGCCGUGCUAUUGAAUUGCAGCCACACUUCCCUGAUGCCUACUGUAAUUUGGCAAAUGCCCUGAAAGAGAAAGGCAAUGUUUCAGAAGCAGAAGAGUGCUACAACACAGCCUUGCGUUUGUGUCCAACCCAUGCAGACUCUCUUAACAACUUGGCCAAUAUCAAGCGUGAGCAGGGCAACAUUGAGGAGGCAGUUCAGCUCUAUAGGAAAGCAUUGGAGGUGUUCCCAGAGUUUGCAGCAGCUCACUCUAACCUUGCCAGUGUCCUGCAGCAGCAAGGAAAACUCCAGGAGGCCCUCAUGCACUACAAGGAGGCAAUCAGAAUCAGCCCCACAUUUGCUGAUGCCUACUCCAACAUGGGCAAUACACUGAAGGAAAUGCAAGAUGUACAGGGAGCCCUGCAAUGCUACACCCGUGCCAUCCAGAUCAACCCUGCCUUUGCUGAUGCUCACAGCAAUUUGGCCUCCAUCCACAAGGAUUCCGGAAACAUCCCAGAGGCCAUUGCAUCUUACCGCACAGCCUUGAAACUUAAGCCGGACUUCCCUGAUGCUUACUGCAACUUGGCACAUUGUCUGCAGAUUGUGUGUGACUGGACUGACUAUGACGAGCGGAUGAAGAAGCUUGUGAGCAUCGUGGCUGACCAGCUGGAGAAGAACCGCUUGCCUUCAGUGCACCCACACCACAGCAUGCUGUACCCGCUCUCCCACGGUUUCCGCAAGGCCAUUGCUGAGCGCCACGGAAACCUUUGCCUGGACAAGGUACACGCACUGAUCAAAAUCAAUGCACUGCACAAACCUGCUUUUGAGCAUCCGAAGGAUCUAAAGUCCAGCAGUGGACGUCUACGUAUUGGCUAUGUCAGCUCUGACUUUGGCAACCAUCCAACUUCACACCUGAUGCAGUCCAUUCCUGGGAUGCACAAUCCAGAGAAAUUUGAGGUGUUCUGCUAUGCGCUCAGCCCUGAUGAUAGCACCAACUUCCGUGUAAAAGUGGUAGCAGAGGCUCAUCAUUUCACAGACCUCUCACAGAUUCCUUGCAAUGGCAAGGCCGCUGAUCGUAUUCACCAGGAUGGAAUCCACAUUCUGGUCAACAUGAACGGAUAUACCAAGGGAGCCCGAAAUGAGCUGUUUGCCCUCCGUCCUGCCCCCAUUCAGACUAUGUGGCUGGGUUACCCUGGAACCAGUGGGGCUCCCUUCAUGGAUUACAUCAUCUCUGACAAGGAGACGUCACCUUUGGAAGUAGCUGAACAGUAUUCUGAGAAACUGGCCUACAUGCCCCAUACUUUCUUCAUUGGAGACCAUGCCAACAUGUUCCCUCACCUCAAGAAAAAGGCUGUGAUUGAUUUCAAAUCUAAUGGACACAUCUUUGACAACCGCAUUGUUCUUAAUGGAAUUGAUCUGAAGGCCUUUUUGGACAGUCUGCCAGAUGUGAAAGUGAUAAAGAUGAAGUGUGACAACAACCAGGAAGCUGCUGGGGACACAAAUGGAGCUCUGUCUAUGCCCGUAAUCCCCAUGAACACAGCAGCUGAAGCAAUCAUCAACAUGAUCAACCAAGGCCAAAUCCAGGUCACAAUCAACGGCUUCACUGUCAGCAAUGGCCUGGCCACCACACAGAUCAACAACAAAGCUGCCACUGGGGAAGAGGUGCCACGUACAAUCGUUGUGACAACCCGCUCCCAGUAUGGUCUCCCAGAGGACUCCAUUGUCUACUGCAACUUCAACCAGCUCUACAAGAUUGACCCUCCUACUCUUCAGAUGUGGGCUAAUAUCCUGAAGCGUGUGCCCAACAGUGUGCUGUGGCUUCUCCGUUUCCCUGCUGUUGGCGAGCCGAACAUCCAGCAAUACGCUCAGAACAUGGGCCUGCCUGGCUCUCGCAUCAUCUUCUCUCCUGUGGCCCCCAAGGAGGAGCAUGUGAGAAGGGGCCAGCUGGCUGAUGUAUGCUUAGACACUCCUCUGUGCAACGGUCACACCACAGGCAUGGAUGUUCUCUGGGCUGGAACACCCAUGGUCACCAUGCCAGGCGAGACCCUUGCUUCCCGCGUGGCUGCCUCACAACUCAACUGUCUUGGCUGCCCUGAGCUAAUAGCCCACACUCGUCAGGAUUACGAGGACAUAGCAGUCAAACUGGGCUCUGACAUGGAGUACCUGAAGAUGGUCAGAGCACGUGUUUGGAAGCAGCGAAUUUGCAGCCCUCUUUUCAACACCAAGCAGUACACACUUGACCUGGAGAGGCUCUAUCUGCAGAUGUGGGAGCACCAUAGCAACGGCAACAAGCCAGAACACCUGGUCAAAAUCCACUCAGUAGAGACCACUGAGACUGCCUGAACUGGAAACACGCCGAUUUCUUUUCCCUUGAAUCCCAGCCAUGUCCAGCCAUCCCCACUUCUUUUUUUAAAACAUCAUCAGCACUCUUGCUUGGAAUGGUCAGUGUCCACUCCAGCCCUCUCCCUCAGUGAUUGUCUCCAGGGUUGUCAUUUACUAUUAAUGGGACUCUUGUUUGUAAAGGAGCCUACAGAUGUUCACGUGCCCUCCCCCCAUCACAUCCAUUGUUGCGUCACACAUCUGCAUUUCCUGAGCCAGAUGCAGCCUGAGACUUUCAGGCACCUUAUCUGAGACUCUUGUGCUAAAACACAGUAUAUUUGGUGAGCAUGAGAGGAUUGUGAAUGCCCUGCUACCCUCCAGUACUUUGAUCAGUGAUUGUUUUUUUUUUCUCCUGUCAGUGUGCAUACAGGACUAACUGCAGCUUGUGGAGAGAAUGCCCAGCCGUCAUUACGUGUUGAUCUAUUUAUAAAUGGAUUAAGAGUGUUGUGUGUUUUAAGAGGACAUUGUUGAACCAUGACAAUUGUAACUUUUUUUAAUGUGUUUAUUAAACAAACUUCAAAGCAUGCUACAGACAGUACAGAUACUAACUGCAAAUAAGUGACAGUUUUUCUGACAUAUUAAGCUGUUUUCAACCCACAACAAACAAACGGCACAAAAUGCACCCAUCAUCCUGUUCAUCCAUCCUUCCGUGUCCUAUAGGGUACAAAAUACAUUUUCUUGAUUGACAGAUGAGGAAAAAAACAGUGAUGAGGUAUCGAUUGGAUUAAAUGGCAUUUAAGUCAGAAGUAAUACAGGAUAAAGGGGUCCUGAGUUCUGUGAAAUCUGUCACCAAUCUUCUGACCGUGCGUCCCUCUGCCAGUUUUUGUCCAGCUUGAGCCUCAGCUCCUUUUUCCAUGUAUCCAUAUAUACAGAAAAGAGAAGGCAUAUGUGAACAAAAAAGAUUAUAGAUUCAUCAAAUAUUGUUUUGUAUUUCUAGGGGAAACAUUAUAUUCUCAAAGUUUUCUCAAGCAGUUUAGGAAAAGAUAAGUGAGCUCUUGCUAAGUACCUGAAUAGACCAAGGUUUCCAAAUGUCUCAUCAACGCAGAGGUCACACUUUUAUAAAAGCUGGAUCUAGAGUAGUGAUUAAAAAUAGCUGAGGGACACCAAAUGAUAACCCGAAGGCAGGUCUCAAGUCAGCAUGCUGAAAAAUGUACCUGACUUAAGUUGCAUCAGCUUUAACGUGCAAUUGUAAAACUUAGAUUGCAGCAGCUCUUUAUUUCGUCCAAGUUGUUAUGAAUUUACUGCAAUAAGUAGAUGUGCAAGUUUUAAAGAAUAUGGUCUAAAAUGAUGACUCUUCCCCUCAGCAAAUGCCAACUUUUUUUUAUUGUGGUCAACCAAGGAAUAUGUUGUGGCUGUUUCCCUGUUUGAUGAUGUCACACUAUGCUUGUAAAGAUGAUUGGACAGAGCUGGACAGAGGAGCUUCGAUCUAUUAGAUGUCAGAGCUGUUCACAAAUUGUUCUUGUUUUUUAAUCACUCAAACCAGGAACGGCCUAGGUAAGUAUUUUCUAAGCGGUUUUUGUUUUUGUAUUGUCUGUUAACUGUAUGCUGUCAAUGAUGCCACAAGGUUGUAAAUAUAAAAAAAAUAAAAUAAAGAGAUGGCAAAACACUUCA